AUGGCAUAUGUGCAUGUGCAUCCAGCAAGAUCAAUGAAUUAUCAGCUCGAAAUAUUUGUGGAGGAUGAGCAUGAAGGAUUCUAUUUUCUUUAUUCACUUGGCAUGCAGAUUUUUCUGGAUAUGGCAGUCAUGGUGGAUGCACAAGGGGACGUGCUUGACAGCAUAGAAUUGAAUGGAUCCUAUGCUCUCCAAAAGGCAAAGAAGUUACAAAGGAACUCCCGGAAAUGGCUGCGCAUUGCCAUUAUAAUCCUUCUUUUCACUGUUGUCAUCAUCGUUGUGACUGUUUAA